AUGCGCAACGGCAGGAGCGGGCAGGCACGGGCCAGCCUCACCAGUCUGUUCGCGGCAGCGCACGGGACAUGUAGGCGGUCCCUCUGCGAGCGGCAUGGGACUCGGCAUUCCGCGCUCCGAGGGCAAGUCGGUGGUGCGGCCCGUGGCCUGCCGGCCGCUGCCGCUGGCGAUGGGAGCCGCCUCGCGCCUCGCCGGCGACCGCUACGGAUCGACGCCCGUGCUCGCCAGGCCCGGCUCCCAGCUCACCCUCUACGGCAGCAGCAGCGACCUGCCGGGCGGCUGCGGCAACAACCACUCGCUGGACCGGAAGCUGCUGGCGUCUGCGUCGACGGGCCGACCGCUGAUGGGCGCCGCCAGCCUGGAAAGCGUCCGCAAGUCCCCGGCCAGAGCCGCCGCUGCCGCCGCCGCGCUAGCCAACAGCAGCGGCGGCAGCAGCCUGAGCAGCAGCAGCAGCAGCAGCAGCAGCAGCCACAGCAGCGCGAGCGCGGGCAGCAAGGCGUCGUCGCUGGGCUCGCUGCUCGACCUGGCGCCCUCGCCCUCCGACUCGGGCGUCGCCGAGCUGGAGGCGGCGCUGCGCGACCGCGACUCCGAGCUGGCGCACCUGCGGCAGGCCAUGGAGCACAACGAGCAGGUCAUCUUCCGCGUCUACCAGGAGAAGGAGCGCGUCUGGGAGCGCGAGCUGCGCAGGCUCAAGAGCGCGCACGAGAACCGCCUGCGCGCCGGCGCACAGCGCGCCCACAAGCUCGAGCAGACGCUCAUGACGCAGACCUACCAGCUGCAGCAGGAGAAGCAGCGGCUGGUGGAGGAGGCGGACGGGUCUGCGCGCGAGGCGGCCGAGCUGCGCCAGGAGGUGUCGCUGCUGCGCGCCCGCCUCGAGGAGACCGAGUGGGGCCUCUGCCACAAGACGGGCGAGCUGGCGCUGCUCAAGGCGCAGCUCAAGGACGCGCAGGGUGAGCAGGCAUCGAAAGGGCAAGAAGUGGUACAGCUGCGAACAGAGGUGCGUGAGCUGCGUGCAGAGCUGGAGCGCCGCAGUGACCAGCUGAGGCAGCAGCGUGAAGAGGUGGCGCCACUACGUGCACAGUUGGAUGCACAAGCCCAGGAGCUGGCCCGGCUGCGAGCACGUGAGGCUGACCUGGCCGCACAGUUUCAGAGUGAGAGGCUCACCUGGGCGCAGGAAAAGGAGAAAGUACUGCGUUACCAGCGCCAACUCCAGCUCAACUACGUGCAGAUGUUCCGUCGCACGAAGUCACUCGAGGCAGAAGUUGAGAGUCUUACAUUAGAGCUGGAACUGGAUUCGAAGACAGCAGCUGCUCCCAAAAAGCUACCAGCCAUCGAGAUGGGCCAUACUAUUGAGCUUUGAGGUUGCAGGUGAUGAAAACUGCAGGCAAGUGCCUGUGUAGUUGAGGUGCUCUCUUGUGGGAACUGAUGCUGGUCCUAAAGACUCAAUUCAUCAACCUACAUAGCUUUCUUCCAUGAAGAGCUUACAUAUUUUGAAUAUCCCUUUCAGUAUAUUUCUGUAGAAAAUAACACCUAGAAAAACACAAAUUUUAUACUAGUUAUGUUAUGCCAGGUUUUGAAGUAAGUGUAUGAAAUGCAUCUUCAGUUUAAAUAUUGUGUUAGAUAGUUAAGUAUUUAUAACAGGACUGUAAUUCUGCAGUUUUAAUGUACUGUAAACUGAGAAGUGUCUUCCUGAUGUGAGAUGGACGUGUAUAUAUUCCAAAGUGUAACUCAUAAGUAAUUAAAGUGUGUGAUGACAGGACCAACUGAACAUGCCUCUACUUCAUCCAAGUGAAUGUAGUAGUAAUUCUAGCUGUUUAUCAUAGCUGCUGCUUAUAUUAUAGCUUAAGUCUGUUCAUUGCAACAUAAUGUUAGUCUGUGCCAAUUAACCAACAGCUGCAGACAUAAAACUAGUUAUUUGUGAUGCUAUAACAAUGUGACAAACAGUUAUUAUAAUGUUUUCACAUGAAGACUGUACCUAAAUAUACUACUCUUAUUUAUUAAUUUCAUUCAUGAAUGGGUGAGUGGAAUGAAUAUUUUCAUAUGACAUGUUCCUGGUGAAAUUUUAGUUUUGCAAUUACGAGAUGUGACUAUCAUAAUUUCACCAUUGUAAUACAAGCUUUAGGGCAGAAUUGUGGAUGCAUGUGGACAACUGUGACAUUGGUUUACAGCAAAUGUCUAUUUUGAGUAUUAUAUGGCCACAGAAUUUUAAUCACUUUUCAGGAUUGUCAUUAAGGUUCAAAGCACUCCUUAUUCCCUAUGUAGCAAACAUUAUUUCCAUUAUUCAUUGGUGAUUUAAUAAAACUCAAAAUAAAAAUAAGCAAUAGUAUAAAAUUGGUAACACUUGUGUUCAAAUGAAGAAACAUGUGACUAUUGAGCACAAAUACUACUGAACAUAGGUUAUCAUCUCCACUUUCUCACAAUUUUAGUGAUAGCAGUUUAAGGAAGUGACUGCCAACAGUAUUUGGAGAUAGAAAAUGAGUCUUUGUUUAAAACUUCUGUUGACAACUUUUGUUGACAACAAUUGCCAUCUGCAUGCCACUGUCCACCACCACUUGGAGUAUAAUUUUCUCCUAAGGUGUGACAGAUUAUUUACUACCAAAGUGUCACAUUAAUAUAUGUACUAUUUAAUCCAAACUGCUGUGAAAGAUAAAUUAUGUAAUUUAAUUAACCAUGACAUUCAGUGUUAAUAAAAGUUUAAUGUGAUGAUGAAAUAAAUAAAUGAUUCUU